AUGGGGAAACUUAGCUUAAAGAAAAAUCGACCAGAGAAAAGUGAAAAACAAACUACUCUCAGUUCAUUUUUCAAGUCUCCUAGUGGCAGCAAUUCCGGUGCAGCCAGCAGCAGCCUGUUCAGUACAGUAGGAGGUGGUUCAUCAUCAUCAAAGUUGCCAAAGACGUCAGAAGCGAAAACUAAAUCUUCACCAAAAGCAUCCUCAUCAGCAAAUUUGGGGAAACGGUCAAAUCAUGGAGCUGAAACGAAAAAUGUAGAGAGGCAGAGAAAUGAGGAUGUUAGUGUUAUUGAUCUGACUGAUGAUAGGUCUGAAAAGAGCCUUCGAAAGAAUGUGGGUCGUAAUGUUCAUAGCUCUGAAGUGAAAGAUAGCCCUGGAAGGACUGAUACUGAAACAAGGGAAAGUGGUCAUCGUGGCUCCUGUGCUGCAAAAGUUACUGCUGUGUCGUGUAGUUCUAUUGAUGAUGCUAAGCGCACUAGUACUAGUAGUUCUUCUGAUCUGGUUCAAUGUCUUCAAGAAAACCCCAAAAAUGACGAUGUUGGUGCUUCUGCUCCUGGGUCUUUCUUUUUUGGUUCCACGUGUGCAGAGCCAACUGAGAAGUGUAGCGAUAUGACUGAACAAGUCUCAGUGAUUCCGGAAACUCAAAUUAUGUCCCCAGAGCCACAAGCGGUUGUUGGUGUAUCUCACGAUAGAAAGAUUGGUAACAGUUCAAAGAAAGGGGUCACAGUUGGUGUGAAUGAUGGUGGUAAAGCUGCCAAGAAUCCCAAUACUACUAUGAGUGAUCUUGAUGACAGCUUGACUUUCAUUCCGCCUACUCCAGAGACAAAGCCACUCGGUAGCAAUGCAAGGAAACGAGUCCAGGGUCGAAGUUUCAUGCUGUCAGCUUCUAACCUGUCUGCGAGUCAUCUAGGUUUUAAACCUAGAAAACAACUGAGGCCAAAAGGGAAAAGUUCCAAACCUGAACCGACACCGUUCGAAGGCUGUAAUUUCUCUUUGAUGGGAAGUAAUAAGGAGGUUGAGAAAUACUCAGACUUGCAGAUGCAGGUUUUGUAUUCAGCUCACGGAAUGACGUCGGGUCCAGCCUCUGUGCUGGAAGGGGGGAUGGAUGCGUGUACAACUGACAUGGACUGUAGUGGUGAUGGUCCAGUGGUCCCUAGAGUUACUACCGCCGUUAGUAUUAAGGAGAAUUCCAGUGAUGCAAGGGCGAAGAAAUCACAUAUUGUGAGCUCGAAGAUCCAGAAACACAGCGAUAGAUUUGGAAAAGUUGUUUCAACAUCUGAUCUUGGAGAUGUUGCUGAUGGUAGCAAUAAAUCUUUGAAAGGUGGUGUAAAAAGAGCAUGUGCUAAAGGACUGGGCAUUUCCCCAAACCCUAAGAGGCUCACCCCGAAACAGCACUAUGGGGAAGUGCUUAGUACUAAGAGAAAUCUCAACUCAGAUAUGGAUUGGUGUUCAGCAGGACACUCAACUGCUGCGCUAGAAGAUGCUAAACGCACUUUUGGUACUCCAAAACAUCUUCAAACGGACGCUGCAUCUGAUAACAUAUUGAAUUCUCCUGACUAUGGCGUUGAUUUUGAAGACUCGAAGAUGGUGAACCCGCACAAAACGUCAUCCCGGAAACAAAGACUGAAGAUGUUGUCUGCUGCUGAUAAGGCUCCAGAUAAAAAGUCACUGUCCUACAGUCGAGUAUUAUCGGGCAGGAACAAAAAGACCAAAACGUCACUUCCUAAUGUAGCAGGUUCUGCUGUUGGUGAUGAAAAUCUUGCAAGUGAUGAAUUUUUGUCCUGUUUAAUCUACGAAUUGAGAAGUCCCACUGCUGGCACGUCUACACCCAAGAUGAAAACGAGCCACAAGGAUCGCUCGAAAUGUGACAUGAACUUGUCGGGGGUCAUUGCAGGGGAUGAUGGAUUCGAUUGUUGUAUGGAUGGAGUGAGGUCGCUACCUCAGGAUGACGACGAAGACAUCUUGUCGGAUAUCAUCGGGGAAAUCCGCGGCUGUACUCAAGCUACGCAGGCCCACAGCUACGAUAAGAAGUUGAAUCGCAAGUGGAAGAAGUUAGAUGACAAGAAUCGCAGUUUCAGUGGAGCAGUCUCAGACAGAGGAGAACAAGGACAACUUGAAUCAAGUACAGAAAAAUUAAAAACAGAUUUGAACUCAAAUUUUCCUUCGGGCUCUGUUUUGACUGACACUUCUUUAUCAAGCAACGCCAACCUUUGUGAAAACAAUAAGAAAAUUUGUGGUAAACCGGUUACAUUGGGUAACAAAAGUAGUUCUUUGAACCAGUUAAAAGACAAUGGGGACAGUUGUGACUCUGCAAUGGAUAUGGUCUGUGACUCACCCGUCACUUUAGGACACCCAGAGAUUCACGAUAUGCUCGUUGUCAAGGACAAUCUAAAAAUACAGUCUAAGGCUAAUAUCGAAUAUGAGAGCUCGAGUGGGAUAUCUGAACAAUCGAGCGAACAGAGCCAGGAAAAGAUUCUGCCCGUUGUUCAGAUACCUGAGAUGGAAUUUGAGGAUUUCAGCAUGGAUGGAUCGUGGAUGGAACAUCUUGACCUUAACGAACCUGAAGUCAACCUGAGUAAAAGUUUCAGCAAGUUCUCGCCUUUCAACAAGGCCCCCGAGGAUUAUCACCCGAAGGACUGCCCUCCACCCUGUACGAAGUUUGGACGUCAUUUGGUAACUGAUGUACAGCCAUUUGGUCAGGAGGUCCAUCUGAUCUUAAAGUCUAUUCCCGAUGACAUAAAUCGGAAAUGUAUCCUUAGAGGCUUCUGGGCGGACACGCAUGUGAAAGCUGGAGAUGUUAUAAACGUUUUAUCUCAUUUCGAUGCAUCUGGCAUCAGUUACGUUAGUGACAAGCAAGGCCUGCUUGUGGUGAAUCCUGAUUACCUGGUGUCCGGGACGACGGUCGUCGGCAGUGUCUACUGCAUGAGGAGGUCUGUUCUAAAUGCCAAGUUUAAGGGAAUGGAUGGAAGGAAUGUACACAUGCUCUACGGUAGCAUCAUACACAGUCUCUUCCAAAAGAUUAUCCAAGAUAGACAGUUUAGUGAAGAUGCGAUGCUAAAUGCUGCUCAUGAUAUUCUCAAGGAAAAGAAGUUUCUACAUGAAAUGUAUGCUCUUGGUUUGAAAGAAGAAGCAGUCUUGGACGAGAUCAAGAUCUAUAUCCCACAGAUCAUAUCCUGGGGGAAGAAGCACGUUCACCAGGGCCUCUAUACGUUUGGUGAGAAGAGGCACCCGAAGGGAGAGCUGAGUGUGAUUGGGGUGAAGGAUAUUGAAGAGAAUGUCUGGUCGCCGCGAUUCGGGAUCAAAGGAAAAAUUGAUGUCACAGUCGAUGUCAAGAUUCAUAAAACCGCUGGUGCAUCUAGGAAGAUUGUCCCACUUGAGUUGAAGACAGGAAAGUCUUCAUUUUCAGUUGAGCACAAAGGUCAAGUCACCUUAUACUCGAUGAUGAUGUCCGAUCGAAGGCCGGACCCGGAGAUGGGGAUUCUACUUUAUCUGAAAGAUGGCGCCAUGCAGAACGUGCCAGCUGAAGAACAGAACAAAAAAGGCCUUCUACAACUUAGAAAUGAGCUGACCCACUACCUGACCAACAGCUUGGAGAAAGUGUCUGGAGUUCAAGGCGAGGAGACACGAUUGACAUCGCUUCCCAGACCCAUCAGCAACGAUAGAGCUUGCAAGAGGUGUCCUCACCUUCUUACCUGUGCUUUGUAUCAAAGUUCCAUAGAGCAUCUUUCCCUUCCAAAUCACCCAAUGGAGUCUCUGGUUCCCGACACCCUGUCCCAUCUGUCUCCAAGCCAUCUUGACUACUUCGUCUCCUGGUGCUACAUGCUACAGCUAGAGGAUCAGGCCUCGAAAGCUCGUGAUAACACCAAGGGCAUCUGGUGUAAAAACGCACUUGAAAGGGAGGGCAAAGGUGGUUGUCUCAGCACUAUGAUUCUCAGCAGCGAUUCCACUACUGACAGACUGCUGGAAGAUGGUAACACUGUACACACAUUUGUCAGACAUCCAGCACACCCAAGCGAAAUAUUGGCGGUCAGUUUCGUCCAAGGUGAGAGUGUCGUGAUCAGCUGUGAGAACAAAGGCCUGAUUGCACUCAGUAUUGGCUACGUCAUGAACUUCACUGAAAAUCUCAUUGAACUGAGCACUGACAGAAACCUUCGGAAUGAUCCAGAGUAUCACUCGAUGAUUUUCCGUCUCGACAAGUGUAACUUAUACAACUCCAUGGCAACCAAUUUCUCCAAUCUGGCCAAGCUAAUGGAAGACGACCCGGCAAGCGCUAGACUGAGGGAGCUCCUGAUUGAACAUAGGGCCCCCGAAUUUAGUCACACAUUGUCUAAAGGUGCUAUCGAAAAAGUGAAACACAUCUUCAAGAAAUUAAACAAACCCCAGAAGUCAGCUGUACUCAAGGUUUUGAUGAGUCAAGACUACGUGUUGAUCAAGGGCUACCCAGGAACGGGCAAGACCUCGACCAUCAUUGCUCUAGUCAGAAUGUUGGUGUGCCUUGGCUGCAGCGUGCUACUGACAAGUUACACCCACUCUGCCGUUGAUAAUAUCCUCCUGAAGCUCAUACAAAACAAAGUGGACUUUCUCCGACUUGGCAGACUUGAAAAGAUUCAUCCGUCCGUUCAGCCAUACUCGGCUGAGGUGCUUACCAGAGAUAUUCAUUCUGUUGCUGAGUUGGAAAGCUUCUAUGCAUCCAAGCAAAUUGUUGCCACCACAUGUUUCGGUGUGACCCACCAGCUGUUUACUCAGAGGUUCUUCGAUGUUUGUAUCGUGGACGAAGCCUCCCAGAUCCUGCAGCCGGCCUGCAUGGGACCACUCUUCUAUGCCAAGAAGUUUGCCUUGGUCGGUGAUCCUCAGCAGCUUCCACCAGUGGUUCAGAGCAAGGAUGCUAUGGCCCGUGGCAUGGACCAGAGUUUGAUUGUACGACUGGAUACAAAUGGUGCUACGUAUGAGUUGGAUGUGCAAUACAGGAUGAAUAGAUCUAUCAUGGAGCUAAGUAACCAGUUGGUCUAUGACGGCAUACUAAAAUGUGGCUCAGAAAGUGUGGCGAGCAGUUGUUUGCGAUUACAGACGGAUGAAUUCAUGAAUCAGGUAAGACUCCCGCCUACUUGUGAAUGGAUAAAGGCUUCGCUUGAUCCAUCACCUGGAAAGGAAGUGCUCUUCCUUGAUACCACUCAGGUGCCGGCUCCAGAGUCCAGAAGCACUGAAGGCCAACUGCAAAAUGAGGUCGAGGCCAUGAUGACAUUACAAGUAUCUUAUUCAUUAGUGCAGAGUGGUGUAGACCCUGCAGACAUAGGUAUCAUAGCCCCGUACAGGAAUCAGGUCCAGUUCAUCAAGAAGUCACUAGAAUCCCUGCCUUGCCUUCCCAAUACAAUCGAGGUGAAUACGGUCGACCAGUACCAGGGCAGGGACAAAGAUGUCAUCAUUAUUUCAUAUGUGAGGAGUCAAAGGGCACAAGAAAAUACUGGAGAUAUUCUACACGAUCUUCGCCGACUGAACGUCGCUAUCACAAGAGCCAAGCACAAAUUGAUAUUCAUUGGACACGUCCCCAGCCUAAGGAGUUACGGACCUUUGAACAGUUUGAUUGAGCUUUUACGAGACAAUCAGAUUUACUCCCUACCUGCUGGGGCUCAUGCCCACCUAGACCUGAAAGAGCUUGAAACAAAUGACUUUUGAAAGUGUUAAUUUCUGAACAUUUGAACGUGUUUGUCAUAGAGACAUGUUUCUUUCCCAACGUGUUCAUUCCUAUUCACUGAGAUGUAUGUAUCCUUAGUUUGACAUCUAACUGUGAUGAUGAAUUACUGCAUGAACUCCGGUAAUGCCCUUGAAUGUGUAUAAAUCGGGUAUAUUCUUGUAUUCGCCACUGCCAUUUUACAGCAGUUUUUGAUUUUGGUUAAUUCACUUUUGAGAACCUAAGUUUCUUGCAGCAAACUCUAUUGUCAUAUAAAUGUAAAA